AUGAGUGCAUGCAGGGUUAAAGAGAGACGACUGACCUUCCAACGGGUAAGAAAGUCAGCGUUACAUUGCUGUGUGCCCUUAUGUACCAGUUCGUCGCGCUAUAACGCCGAGAUUAGUUUUCAUAAGUUUCCCGUUGACGCUGCGGUGCGUGCUAAGUGGCUAACUAAGAUCCGUAGGGAUAAGUUCACUCCAACAGUGAACACCCGUGUGUGUGGCCGGCAUUUUCAACCGGGAGACUUCGCAGUGACUGCAGGGGGACUGAGGAGGUUACAGAGUGGAGCUGUACCCCUUCUGUUUUCCUGGAAUGAGUACACUCUGCCUACACCGAGGCAGAAUGUAUGGGAGCGCCGCCCGAGAGCAGAGGAGCCUCUCCACGAUCUGCCUGCAGACUUGGAGUCGGAGGACGAUAUGGACACAGCAGCACCUGAUCAUGAUUACUGCUUAACUCCAGCGACAGCGGUGAUGGCAGCUGAGAUGGCCAAUGAAAAUGAAGCUCUGCGCCAGAAAAUUGGGGAACUCCAACACCAGCUGGAAGUGCUACAGCUGAGGACGCGUUUUGGUAUUCAGCGCCUGGCGGGGUCAGACGAGGACAUUCGCUUUUACACCAGGUUUGCUACAUACAAGCACUUCCAGGCAUUCUGGAAAUUGGUGGAGCCUGCAGUCAACACCAAGAUGGUGCGGAUCACCAGUGCCCAGGCUGCAUCUGCCAGCAGCUCUGAAGUCUCUCAACCAGCAACGAAACUUCCACCAAUAGAUGAGCUGCUGCUGUUCCUCAUGCACCUGUCAGUGGGCCUGCCUCUCAGGGAUCUUGCAGAACGGUUUGGCAUUCACCGCACCACAGCCAGCAGGAUUAUUUCCACCUGGACACACUUCCUGUACAUCCUGCUAGGAAGCCAACGUCUGUGGAUCCCCCCUGAAGUUGUCAGAGCUCACCUUCCACCUGAGUUUUCAGCUUUCCCAGACACGCAGGUGGUGCUCGACUGCACUGAAAUCUUUUGCCAGACACCAUCCUCUCUCCUGCUACAGAGUGAGGUGUUUUCAGCGUACAAAUCGCACUCUACUUUUAAGGCCUUGAUUGGCAUGGCACCCCAUGGUGCCAUUACAUUUGUGUCUGGCUUGUAUGCAGGAUCCAUGAGUGAUCGAGAGAUCUUCAAGCUAUCUGGCAUCAUAAACCUGCUCACACCAGACAUGGCAAUUAUGGUUGACAAAGGGUUUCUUGUGGACAACCUGGCUCCAUGCAAGGUUUAUAGACCUGCCUUUCUCUCAAGAAACACCCAAAUGAGCAGGGAGGAUGUCAGGCAGACCCAAUCCAUUGCACGUCUGAGGGUUCAUGUGGAGAGAUGCAUUAGGAGGGUGAAAGAGAAUAAACUUUUUGACAAGGCAAUACCACUCUCUGUUUGUGGAAGCAUUGAAGAGCUAUUUAAUGUAGCCUGCUUCCUGGUCAACUACCAGAACGGACCACUGGUAAAGGCAUGGGCAACUUAG